GCCAUGGUCACCUUUGACUUGACAGCUCCAUGUCAAGUUCUGAGCGAGCUCGUGACCAGAAUGAUGCCCCCGCACAUUCAGAAUUGGUGCACCCAGUUUGAGGCCGUCAGCCGAGAUCCAGGAAUGCCCCUCGGUACGGUCGAGGCCAUUCGUCUUGAGCGAGGCGCCAUCUUCUUGCCCAAGUAUGGGUACUUGGCCGUCCUGAUCCCUCUGACCAACUCCAAGUGCCAGGUCCACAUGGUGGGACGCAAUGGUAGCUUCGAGUCAAAGGAUUUGCAAGCUGAGGAUGUGGUGAUGCUCGCCGAUACGGCCAUGCAUGUCACGGGUGGAAGCCUCCGGUUUCUUUGCACCGUGUAUGACCUUCUCCCGCAGGCGGAGCAUCAGCCCUACAGAACUGCAGCGUAGAGGCCCAAAGAUUCAUGUUGCCC